GCGCCCAAAUACCUGCAACUGCACCCAAACUGCACCCAAAUACCUGCAACUGCACCCAAACCCCAACAACUGCACCCAAACUGCACCCAAAUACCUCCAACUGCACCCAAACUGCACCCAAAUACCUGCAACUGCACCCAAACUGCACCCAAACUGCACCCAAACCCCAACAACUGCACCCAAACCCCAACAACUGCACCCAAACUGCACCCACACCCCUCCAACUGCACCCAAACUGCACCCAAAUACCUGCAACUGCACCCAAACUGCACCCAAACCCCAACAACUGCACCCAAACUGCACCCAAAUGCCUGCAGCUGCACCCAAACCCCAACAACUGCACCCAAACUGCACCCAGACUGCACCCAGACUGCAUCCAAACCCCAACAACUGCACCCAAACUGUGCCCAAAUACCUGCAAUUGCACCCAAACUGCACCCAAACCCCUUCAAAUGACAGCCAAACCCCAACAACUGAGCCCCAACUGCACCCAGACCACACCCAAACCGCACCCAAACCCCAACAGUUGCACCCAAACACCUGCAACUGCACCCGAACCCCUUCAAAUGCCACCCAAACCCCUCCAACUGCACCCGGAUACCUGCAACUGCACCCAAAUAGCUGUAACUGCACCCAAACACCUCCAAAGUCACCCCAAACCCCUCCACAGCCUGUGUCCCACCGGGGGGAGAGCCGGGAAUGCUGGGGGUGGGGGUCCGGAUCCAUGUAUCCAGCGGGAACAACAUCCCUUGGAUCCCCUGGCGCUGGAUUUGGGGGUCACAUCCGGCGGGAUUGGAGCUGCUGAUGGGAUGAACCAGCUCCUUGUGGCGAUGAGGCCGGCUUCGUGCCUCAGUUUCCCUUCGCCAGCCGGGAUGGCGACAUUCCCAAGCCCUUUUCCCACCUUCCCACCUCCUUUUCCCAUCCUCUCCGGCUCGUUUCCUCCUCCCGUCCCGCAGGUCGGGGUUGGGAUGCGCGGGGCGAUGGGAAGCGGCCGUUGCCAUUCCGCUCACGGCUCCUCCGGGAUGAGUCACCGGAGCGCCGGGAAUGGGGACGUGGCCGCCGCGGCCGUGACCCCCCCUUAUCCCAAACCCCUCCUUCAUCCCAAACCCCCCCUCAUUGGGAUCGGAUGGAGCCGGUGGGGGGGGGACACCCCGACCCCAACCCAUUGCAAUGGCCGGAGCGGAGCCACCGGUUCGGCUCCUUGCCGCGGGCUGGGAAUAGGGGUUGGAAUUCCAGCUGCGGAGCGGGUUGAACACCCCCGCUCCCCCCCCCCCUUUCCCGCUCCAUUCCCAAGGGGAAUGAACUCCCCCGAACGCCCGCCCCGGCCCUGCCGAGCGCUCCCGAGCGCUGCUCAGCGCUAUUAUCCCGCUCAUCAAUCACGAUAUGAAGCGAUAACGAGGUGUCGCAGCGCCGCUUUGUCUCACGCGGGUCCCGGCCCACGCCACCCACCGCGGGGUGGCCCCCCCCCCCCCCGCUUUGUGUCCCUGCACCCCCCAACCCGACACCCCCCCCCAUGA